AUGGCGGAAGAGGACAAGCUCACCUAUACAAGCUCUUUUCCUUCGACCUGGGCGUCAUCGGUAUCGCUGGCAUCGACAACGGAAGCCGGCUCAGGCGUGCAGCUCCCUUCAAGACCCAAACUUCACUUCACACCUUCGAAAAUCGAGGAGUGCACAAUACAUGCAGCAAUCUUAGAAGAUUCAGCUGUCAAUGCCUACGACUUUGCAUAUCUGCCAGACGGGUCUUUCCGUGAGCGAGAUCUUCCGAAUAAAACACCAUCUCUGAGGCCGCAUGUUAGCCUAAAACCUUCCACUCACGAACCCACCGUUGCAAGGCGAGAACCAUUUAGAAUACACGCAGAUACAUCUACUGGAGAGUUGCAAAAUGAACAGCAUGCGCAUGCCCUUGUUUUCGACUGCGACACCAACUGUGUGCACAUCUCCCGGAGCACUCGUGGAGAUGCUCCGGCAAGAUUGCGCGGCCACCCGAGAACAAACUCUGUCUAUGUACCGCAGCGAGAAAAGAUGCAUGACAUGAGAUUAGUUGUCACCGAGUCUGGACCCGAAUGGAGAAUACGCAUGGGCUUAGAGUCUCCACUGAACACGUACGAAUCCCGUUCUUUUGAUAUGGGCCCGCGUCAGGGAACAGGCUUGGACAAGGAAGAUCUUGACAUCGCGAAGAUCGCGGCUGAGAACUUGAAAUAUUACGCGCGGCAGAAAUCAAGCACAUCAACCAUCUCCACGCUCUCCCGAUCACAGCUGAGACCGUCCCAAAUGGACAAGCCUGCGAAGACGAGACGUGCUUCAAGCACGUACUCAAGUUUUGGACGUAAUGACUGA